GCGCUUGCCCCCUUGCUCAAUAGCCCGCCAGUCAGUCCGAUCAACUAGUGACGUCAGUGGCGUGGGCGGGGCGAGCGCUCAGGUGCGCAGAGUUUCAGUGAUACCCGGGAGUUGCGGGACAGAGACCGGAGCGGAGCGGUUGGAGUAGGGCGGUGAGUUGGGAGCUGCGCCUAUUCACUCUCAGUCACCUUCCAGCCGCGGAGCGAUUUCCUUCCUAACCUACCACCGCCACCUGAAGACUUCAUUCCCGAAUCCAAGCCCGGGCUCCAAAGGGAAAGGACAUGGGGGACUGGCGGUGGGGGCUGCUCAUACUCGGGGCGUUGCUGUGUUUUGACGCCGUAACAGGACAGAACCUUUCUGCUCCACCCAAAAAAGGAAGAGUUUUCAUAGCCCAUCCAGUGGAGCUUGGCAAUGGCACUGGGAAAUACGUUUACACUGUUACUCCCUUUGUUUCAAAAGUGCUCUCCGAUGCUCUAACCACCGCAUUCUUGCCUGCUAUCUACAUUAUAGUGUUCAUCGUUGGCUUACCAAGCAACGCCAUCGCAUUGUGGGUUUUUUUUUUCCGGACAAAGAAGAAACACCCUGCCAUGAUUUAUAUGGCCAACCUGGCGCUGGCAGAUUUAAUGUUUGUCAUAUGGCUCCCUCUAAAGAUUGCAUAUCAUCUUAAUGGAAACAACUGGAUUUAUGGAGAAGCUUUAUGCAAAGUUUUGAUUGGGUUCUUCUAUGGGAACAUGUAUUGCUCCAUUCUGUUCAUGACAUGCCUUAGUGUCCAGAGAUACUGGGUCAUUGUGAACCCCAUAUCCCACACAAGAAAGAACACAAAACUUGCUCUCAUUGUUUCUAUUACUAUAUGGGUGGUGAUAAUGCUGGGCACCAUUCCAUUGUACCUGAUUAACCAAACUCUGUAUCUUUCUGACCUUCGUAUCACAACCUGCCAUGACGUCUUGCCACUGGACUCUGCAACCUUUGACAUGUUCAACUACUUCUUGGCGCUUGCCAUUGGUGUGUUUUUCAUUCCAGCCAUUCUUACUGCCGUGGUAUAUACACUCAUGAUCAAAACUCUGACCGCGUCCAUCACAGAUGAAAGCAUUGGGAAAAAAAGAAAGAGAGCAAUACGGUUGAUCAUCAUUGUACUGGUCAUGUACCUUGUCUGCUUCCUGCCCAGUAACCUUAUGCUAGUGAUCCAUUAUGGUUCAUUAAAGAACAGCUACUCUGCCAACCUAUAUGCCUUCUAUAUCACAGCGCUUUGUCUCUCUGCUCUGAACAGCUGCAUUGACCCCUUUGUCUACUAUUUUGUAUCCAAAGAUUUUAGGGACCAUGUUAAAAACACGUUCCUGUGCAGAAGUGUACGGACUGUAGAGAGAAUGCGGAUCUCCUUUAGCUCCAUGAAGUAUUCUCGAAAAACCAACUCCUACACAACAAAGUCAACAAACACCGAAUCAAGCAGCUGUUAGGUUUACUUUUCCUUGGAUUACAAUGAGAACUGUAAAUUGUGUCUCCGAGCGCAUUUGUGGUUUAAAAUGCUGGAGGCAUGGACGUUUUGGUGUUGGAAUAAGUUGGGGAGUAUUCAGAAAGCUCUCAGCAACUGAGUCUGUAGCCAAGAAAGUGACUCUUUAUGGGUUUUGUUCAUCUAUAUUUCAACGACCUUAGCCCCUCACUAACCCAAACUUUCACCUUUUUCUACCAGGUUCUAUUAAAGUUCUUCAUUGGUGAGAUUAUGAAACAUCUGAGGUUUUUACUGCCUAAUGUUUAGCAGUGGAAGCUUCUAAAAGUUUUGUGAAACUCAAAAAGAAAACCCGGAAGUCGAGAAAAAGAGAAAAAAACAAAGAAAAGAAAGUGUUGCCCCUCCUAUGCAUUAAGGGGCUAACAUGGCAUCAUUUAAUUUUAGCUGCACCAACUGGCAUUAUGUGGCUUGCUUCAGUUGCCCCGACUGGCGUCACGUGGCUUCAGUUGCCCCGGCUGGCGUCAUGUGGCUUCAGUUGUCCCCCGGCUGGCGUCAUGUGGCUUCAGUUGUCCCCCGGCUGGCGUCACGUGGCUUCAGUUGCCCCGGCUGGCGUCACGUGGCUUCAGUUGCCCCGGCUGGCGUCACGUGGCUUCAGUUGCACCGGCGCCAACAGUUUUGAAUAAAAUGGAAAUGUAACACUUUCUAGCCAUGAACCUUUAGAUGACCUGCAUUGUUCUUUGCCUGUACUGAAACAGAAGAGAAAAGCUCACUUAAAGCAGGAUGUAGCGGUUAUUUCUGUGCUAUGAAAUAGAUAAAUAAACUUUGGCACUUCAGAUGUUGCAGUACUACAACUCCCAGUAUCCUUCCAGCAGCUGCAUUGGUGAAUAUAUAAAGCUGAAGUGCUAAGCCUGCCUGUUCUGUGUGAUACACACUUUAAUUAAAUGUCUGCUAAUCGUGUUUUUUUAGUGCCAGUUCCACAUGGGCACCUUCACCAUUAUUAUAAGGAGCUUCUGUGUGUAUACAUCAGGGAUGAAACACUUGCAGUCUGUCAGUUAGUUUGGCUGAGAAUACUGGGAACUGUAGUCCGAAAAAGAAAGUGCUUGAGAGACUUUCAUUCAUAGGAAACCCCAGUGUUACUGCUGGGGGUGUAAAUCUGCCUCUCGUGUUCAUAAGACUGUGAUGUACUGUAUUUUUAUUUUACUGAAUUUUUUUUUUUACUGCUUAAGAUGUGAACUACAUUUUUAUAUAUUAAUAAAUGGCAACAUUUCAUUGUUUAUAUUAAGCAUGCCAGUAAAUAUGUCAUUUUUUUUAAAUUAUGUAAAUAUACCUUGUUAGUACAUUAUGCCCAAGAGCUAUCACAUUUAUUUGCCAUAGAGGGUUUUUAACUGUAGGAAUGUAGGAUAUUUGCAGAUGUAGGCAACCCGAGUAUGGCGGGUUACAACCUUUGGUACAUCCCUUUUGGGUUGUAGUUUAAUUGUCCCGGGGACCAGAGAUUGCAAAUAUGUGCUAUAUAUACCCAUACACGUAUGAGGUACUGUCUGUACUGCCUUUUUUUUUUCUUAUCCUGAACCUCUGUGAUGUUAUCAUCUUGCCAGGCAAAGGUUAGUGAUGAAACUUAAUCUGAAUACGUAAACUGAAACAAGAUUGUGAUGUUAAGUCAUAUAAAACAUUUACCAUGCACUCCAGUCGUCGUGACAAAAUUGGCUCCAGGUUUAGCAACCCCAUAACAGCCAAUCAGCAAGAAGCAUUUACCUGUUUAUAACAAACCUCUAGUUGGUCGCUCUGGGUUGUUAGACCUGGUGCAAACGCUGAGACUUUUAUAAUAUUAUAGGAAGGUUGAUUUACAGUCGGGAGCACUUAGCCAAAAGAGACACACAAAUGAGGAAUUAGUGCAUUUAUUAUAUAUUCGGCUGAUGAAAAUUGCACUUUAAAUGAUUGUCACAAUUUCAGUGUUUAUUGCAUGGGCUGUGACUAUUGUGCAGCAAUCUUUUUGUGGUAUUGAAUUCUAGAAAUAAAUACAUUUUACUACACUAUAAA